CAUUUCACCUAUGAAUGCAAAGACUCUUCAGACAUCCUUACCUAAGUUAUCUCUAGCAGACCCUCCAAAGACUGUGAACAGGGAAAGAGUAAUGAACGGAGCCUGUGCUGUCCAGGAACAGAUUCACAUAUCCGUUCCAGAAACAGAAAUACAGAGCUGCAACAAGUACAGAAUGCAAAGCAAACCUUUAGGAGUCUGCCUGAUUAUUGACUGCAUUGGCAAUGAUGCAGGUUUGUUGACAAAAGCCUUUCAAUCACUACAUUUUGAAGUUCGCUGUCGACGGUUUCUGAAUAUGAAGGCAGUGAUGCAUGAUUUGUAUGAGGUAGCAAGGCUAAGAGCUCACAAAGAUGCAGAUUGUUUUGUUUGUGUGCUUGUCAGUCGAGGGGACCAUCAACAUAUAUUCUGCACAGACCAUAGUGUUCCAGGAUUUCAACUGGAAAGGCUGAAGGAUUUCUUUACCGGUGAGAGGUGCCCUGAUCUCUUAGGAAAACCAAAGCUCUUUUUUAUCCAGAACUAUAUUGAGCCCCCAAAUUGGCAAGGGAAUGCCAGCCUGACAGAAGCAGAUGGAGAUCUAUGCACAAUCCCACAAGUAGCAGACAUUCUCUGGAGCCACUGCACAUUGGAUGCCUCUGCACUGGAGAGAUCCCCAUGCUCAUCAUCCUAUUAUCUCUCCACUUUGGCAGACCUUCUGAUGGAUCCUCAGAAAAGAAAGCUGCCUCUGCUGGAUAUUUUUUUGGAGCUGAACAACAGAGUUUAUGAAUGGAAUAGGAUUAAUCCUGCAGAACAGUACUUACUCUUAUUGAAGCACACCCUGAGAAAAAAACUUUUCCUGACUGACAAGUAAAGGCCUUUGAGAAGCCUUUCUGAGAUUUAUCAGCUUUUCUUGGAGAGUCAAGCACAGCAUCGCGAUAGUAUUCAGGAACAUUUUGUACUUUUAAACUUAAGUAAUUCAGAGAAUUGCUGAUCUUGGAGAAGAACUAGUAAGAAUAAAUAGCUAUUCCUACAAUGUAUUACUUAAGAUCUUAUUGUACACCAUAGGUACCACUGAAUAUGUGCCUUAUUUAAAUAACUUGUCAUCUUUCUCAGAGCUUCCCUCAGAAAAGUAUAUUAUUUUCUGUCUUGCUUAUGAAUAUAGGUUCGAACAAAAUCCAAGAUGGAUUAUUGCGAGGCAACAUAAUUGUCUCAGCAUGCAAAUAUAAUCAAAAGUAAUGGGUAAUGCUAUGAGUAAAGUACAGUGUAAAUGUUUUGAGCCACAAGUAAAGAAGUAUCAGUGCUUGGUUGGAAGAAUCUUCUUGCGGAAAUUGCAUUGAAAAAGGAGGCUAGAAAUUGGGGGAGCUUCUGAGCUCUGCUAGUGUAUAUACAGUACUUGGCUUUAUUAUCUUGUUAUAGGUUUUGAAGGUCUUCCCUAAUCUCAGCCCUCUAGGUGUGCAAUUCUUAGUCCCACCAUCUGUAUAAAAGCACACCUAGUGGCUAAGAGUGUCUGAGAACAAGGGAGGCUAUGGUUAAAUGUAGCUAGUGGGACAAUGGAAUUAUUGUAGUGGUUAGCUCAUCAAUGACUAUAUAAUAUUGAGAUCCACUGCACCAAGAAAUCCCAUGAACGCAGAAAUAUAGGGGAACAGAAGCUUGUUUCCAGCCUGUUGUUUCAAGACAACCAGCAAAAUUUGGUUAAUAUAGGGAUGUAAUAUGGGGCUUGUUGCUUUAAGCAAACACCUAGAGAUUUGACAGGGAGAAAAAAAGAAUGGGAAGGAAAGUAUAUGAGGAGAACAGAACAUAGUCUUGGUAAGAAAUUGAAUUUGGAUUGUUACUAAACUAAAUAUUAACCUGGAGAGUAUUAUAAUAAUUAUAAUAAUUAGUAAUACUGUACUAGUAAUUUUGUCUAAUAUACAAGUAUGUAUGUAUUUUGUCUCUAUAUCUUGAGAUAUGUGUAUUGUGCAUUUGUAUUUUAAAAAUUGUUUCAAUUACUUUGCAUA